AUGGACACCACACCUUCCACCUCCGCCUGCGUCUCGCCGGCGGCCGCAUCCGGCCCCGCCCCCGAUCCGGACUCAGCUCUUGUCUCGGCUGUGGCUGACGCGCUUGUAUCCGCCUCCCGCCAGCCCUCGCCGCCGCCCAUGGACACCCUCCUGGCCCCGUACCUCCCGCGCCUCGCCCCCUCGCACCACCCGCAAGUGAUCACCCUUGCCGCCGCCAACCCAGCGCUCGCCUCUCCGCACACUCUCCUCGCCUACCUCCGCCUCGUCUCCCCGCCGUCCUGCCUCCCCUCCCUACUCCCGCUCCUCCCCAUGCUCCCCUACCGCAAUCUCCUCCCGCUCCUCCUCGACUUCGUCCCGCUCGACCCGCUGCGCCACCUCCACCGCCACCUCCUCGCCAGCCUCCCCACGAGUGCGCUCGCAGACGCCGCGCUGUCCGCCUACUCCCGCCUACGCCUCCCCCACCUCGCCGCACAACUCCUCCACUCAUUCCGCCGCCGCGGGCGCGUCCGCCCCUCCCUCCAGGCAGCCAACGCCGUGCUCUCCGCACUCGCGCGCAGUCCGUCCGCCUCGCCGCAGGCCUCUCUUGAUGCCUUCCGCUCCCUCAUCGCGCUGCGGCUCCACCCCAAUCACUACACCUUCAACCUCCUGGUGCACACCCACUGCUCCAAGGGCACCCUCGCCGACGCCCUCUCCACGCUCUCCACAAUGCAGGGUUUCGGCCUCUCCCCCGACGUCGUCACCUACAACACCCUCCUCAAGGCUCAUUGUCGCAAGGGCAUGCUCGGUGAGGCGCGGACGCUGCUGGCCAGGAUGAAGAAGGAGGGUAUUGCACCCACCAGGGCCACGUAUAAUACCCUUGUCUCAGCGUACGCGAGGCUUGGGUGGAUCAAGCAGGCGACCAAUGUCGUGGAGGCCAUGACAGCAUUUGGUUUCGAGCCUGACCAGUGGACAUACAAUGUGCUCGCCGCAGGGCUGUGUCAGGCAGGGAAGGUGGACGAGGCAUUUAAGCUGAAGGAUGAGAUGGAGCGGCUCGGCAUAGUAUUGCCUGACGUAGUCACCUACAAUACGCUUGUUGAUGCAUGCUUCAAGUGUCAGCGCUCUUCUGAUGCACUGAAUCUGCUCGAGGAAAUGCGUGACAAAGGGGUGAAGUCAAGUUUGGUCACACAUAACAUUGUUGUGAAGGGGCUCUGCAGGGAGGGGCAAUUGGAAGAGGCGUUGGGGCGUCUGAAAAUGAUGACAGAGGAGGGAUUGGCACCAGAUGUGAUUACAUACAAUACAUUGAUUGAUGCAUACUGCAAAGCCAGGAAUGUUGCCAAAGCAUUCGUGUUGAUGGAUGAGAUGGUGAGGAGUGGACUCAAAAUGGACACUUUCACCCUAAACACUUUGCUAUAUAACCUAUGCAAAGAGAAGCGUUAUGAAGAGGCUGAGGAGCUCUUGCGUUCACCGCCGCAGAGGGGUUUUGUACCUGACGAAGUCAGCUAUGGUACAGUGAUGGCAGCCUACUUUAAGGAGAAUAAACCAGAGCCUGCUCUGUGUCUGUGGGAUGAAAUGUUUAAGAGGAAGCUAACGCCGAGUAUUUAUACUUACAACACAUUGAUCAAAGGGCUUUGUACAAUGGGGAAGUUGACAGAGGCGAUUGAUAAAUUGAAUGAGCUGAUGGAGAAGGGGUUGGUACCAGACGACACCACCUACAAUAUCAUCAUUCAUGCGUACUGUAAGGAAGGGGACUUGGAGAAAGCUUUCCAGUUCCACAACAAGAUGCUGGAGAAUUAUUUUAAGCCAGAUGUUGUUACCUGCAACACUUUAAUGAAUGGGCUUUGUCUGCAUGGCAAGCUUGAGAAAGCGAUGAAGCUUUUCGAGUCAUGGGUAGAGAAAGGGAAGAAGGUUGAUGUUAUCACAUAUAACACCUUAAUUCAAGCUUUGUGCAAAGACGGAGAUGUUGAUACAGCUUUGCGUUUCUUUGCUGACAUGGAGGUCAGAGGCUUGCAACCUGAUGCAUUUACAUACAAUGUUGUGUUGUCUGCACUAUCUGAGGCAGGGAGAUCAGAGGAAGCACAGAAUAUGCUCCAUAAAUUAGAUGAGAGUGGGAAAUUAUCUGAAAGAUUUUCUUAUCCUUUAAUUAAAUCUUCUGCGGAGGAAGUGGAGACUGGGAAGGACCCAGAGGUUAAAUCUGACAGUGAAUCUGGUGGGAAUGCAAAAGGUGGUGAUCAGGAGAGCUAUAAUAAAUCUGUAAAGGAACUCUGCAUUGGUGGGCAACUGAAAGAAGCUAAGGCUGUUUUGGAUGAGAUGAUGCAAAAGGGCAUGUCUGUUGACAGUUCAACCUAUAUCACUUUGAUGGAAGGCCUUAUCAAAAGGCAAAAGAGGCAAACACAUGCAGCUGGAUAG